AUGGACGGUGCGAGCACCGCACGACAGAGCUCAGCGACGGGAGGUAUCACCAGAGGCACCAAGCGCCGCCGGAUCAGACCGUCUCGAGCCCGUGGCCUGAGAACUAGAACAGGAUGCCUCACUUGCAGAGAGAGACGCGUGAAGUGCGAUGACGGCAAACCCACCUGCCUGCGAUGUUCCAAGUCGCAUCGAAUCUGUCUAUAUGCCUCUGUCGGACACGCAACCGACCCUGAGCCCCCAGGAGCACAGCCAAGUCCGCAGGAGCAGCAGCCGAGCCUUGAUGCACCAUAUUUUGAGGAUACCGGCCCAGCCCCUGCUGAAGCUCCAGUUGCACUCCACGCAAACGAAGCGAUUGAGACGUCGCAAAGUGACCAGAGGCUACCUGGUUUGGACUCUGGUCUCUCAAACUCCCCACUUUCACUCAGCCAGGUGUCCCUGCUCAAUAUCUCCCCAUUGGAAUGGUACGACUUGCUAGCCCGGGAUGCCAUCAGCAACAUUCAACGCCGGAACGACGCUCCGACGGGCGAUCCACGAUGGAAAUUUCCCGAUUUGGCCCUUUCUCGUAGGCAGUCACCAGCUCCUGGUUUAGAGGAUCACUAUGAGCUAGCUGAGAGGCGCCCCGAGCAGCAGCAGCAGGUGCAAGACGACACAAUUGAAGCUUCUCUUGUGGGCCAUCCCCAGGUGCUGGAGCCUUGGAACACAGCGAAUAGGAUAGAAUUAUCGGCAGUAGAUUUUGAAUUCUUUCAAUAUUACAUUGAAGUUGUCGGACCCAUCCUAGACUUGUUCGAUCCCGAUCGACACUUCAUCAAUAUCGUUCCGCAUCUUGCAUUGCGAAAUACAGGGCUCUUGAAGUCCAUACUCGCUGUUGGGGCCAAACACAAGUCUCUAGGUUUGAUCCAUAUAUCGAACGAAGAUACCUCAGGUCAUCAUGCGGCCUCACAGGUGAAUACACCCUCGUCGUUGGCAGCAGCAUCAGCAGCAACGACCGGUCAACCGUCUGAAUCAAACCCGACCCCAGCACACAUGGCAACACACUAUUACUACGAAACGCUACAGUAUCUCUCACAAACACUACUCUAUCCCUCCUAUGCGGACUCCCGAGAAAUCCUCGCAACUGCCACCAUGAUCAGCACGUACGAGAUGUUCGACAUCGACAGCGCCUCAACCAGCGGAGACUGGGAGAAGCACCUACGAGGCUCUUUCUGGAUCCAGCGAUCUCAAGACAACGAUGGUGAGUCUGUGGACGGUCUUAGACGAGCUGUCUGGUGGGCAUGGCUGCGACAAGACAUUUGGGCAGCCUUUCGAGCAGGAAGGCCAACGCUGAGUUUCUGGCGAGCUCGGAAACCUCUCGAGGACCUAGAUCCUGAUGGAUUGGCCACCAGGAUUGUCUAUAUAUGCGGCCAGUGCGUCGCGUACGCCGCGUCAGAUGAGGCAACAGAUCGAGAUCCCAGACCUAGAAUUGGGCACGGGGAUAGACUUCUACGUGCCCUCGAUGAUUGGUAUCGUGUUCUUCCUGCGUCCUAUCAGCCGGUUACUAUCAGCGAAGGUGGCUCGCAGGCAACAUUCCCGUCGAUAUGGAUUCAUCCACCGAGUCACGCAGGAGCAAUGCAGAUGUAUAGUUUUGCACGUGCCAUAGUGCUACUGAAUCAACCUACUAGAGGUGGACUCAAUGCAUACCGUCAGCGCGAGAAGGAACUGACCGACAGUGUCAAGAUGGUCUGUGGAAUUGCGAGCGCUUGCGGGGAUCAUGACUCUGCCAUGGCGUUUGUUAACGUACAGGCUUUGUUUGGAGUUGGCCAGUUUGUUCGGUCGCAAGAGAUGCGUAGCGAGUUGCUCCGUAUCUUGGAGAAGAUGUUGAGAAUUAGCAAGUUCCCAGCUCGGGGGCUUGUUGGUGAACUGAAUAGCUUGUGGCAGGAAUGA